UUUGCAUCCUUGUCUUCUCUUCCCUUUCCACAAAAGCUCCACUUGUUACUUCUUUCUCUGCAAUUCUCUCAUUUUCUGCUUUCUCUGGCUUUAUAAAUAAUCUGCACAAUUUGGAAGCGAAUUCUAAAUCUCUCUCUGCAAUGGACUGUGCCUCCGAAGAUAGCUCCGAUAACUCUCAGCGACCACACUCACACAAGGACCAGCGAGUCUAUUUCGUUCCUCACAGGUGGUGGAAGGAUGCUCAGGAUUCAAUGCCUGCGGAUUCGGAUAAGAAGAAGGGAAUUGCGUAUGCCUCUUUUCCUGGUUCGUCCUAUGCUGGUCCCAUGAAGAUUAUCAAUACCAUCUUCAGCUCGGAUCUUGCGUUCAGUCUUCGGAGGGAGGAGGAUUUGCAGCACAUUCGUGAAAAUGGCGAAGUUGGUGUAUCUGGACGGGAUUUUGCUUUGGUAUCUGGAGAUAUGUGGUUGCAGGCACUGAAGUGGCAUAGUGAUUCAAAAAAUGUAGCGAAGGAUGACAAAGGCUUUUCAGCCACUGACAGUGAUAUGUCAGAUGUAUAUCCUUUACAACUCAGACUUUCUGUUCAGAGGGAAACAAAUUCAUUUGGAGUACGAAUAAGCAAAAAGGACAACGCACUUGAGCUUUUUAAAAGAGCCUGCAAAAUGUUCAGUGUGGAUUCAGAGAUGUUAUGCAUUUGGGACUAUUCAGGCCAGAUAACGUUUUUUAUGAAUGACAAAAAUCAGAUCCCAGUUGACUGUCAAAGGCAGUCUGAUCAGGAGAUUCUUUUGGAGUUGCAAGUUUAUGGGUUGUCAGACUCAAUUAGAUCUAAGGAUGGGAAAAAAGACGAGAUGGCAAAUUUUUCUGGCAAUGCUUCACUGAAGAUGAAUGGAUCUAUUGACAAUGCGAAUUCUGAUUGUACGCAUGCCAAUUCUUUGACCUUCUCUUUAGGCUCCGGUGAAGCUGGUUCCUUGGGAUUAACUGGAUUACAAAACCUGGGAAACACUUGCUUCAUGAACAGUUCCCUCCAAUGCUUAGCACAUACACCAAAGCUCGUUGAUUAUUUUCUGGAAGAUUAUGUUAGAGAAAUCAAUCAUGAAAACCCUUUGGGCAUGAAUGGUGAGAUAGCUUUGGCCUUUGGAGAUUUACUCAGGAAGUUAUGGGCACCUGGAGCAAGCCCUGUGGCACCAAGAGUAUUCAAAUCAAAACUUGCUAGAUUUGCCCCCCAGUUCAGUGGGUUUAAUCAGCAUGAUUCUCAAGAACUUCUUGCUUUUUUGUUGGAUGGUCUUCACGAAGAUCUGAAUCGUGUUAAAUGUAAGCCUUAUGUUGAAGUAAAGGAUGGAGAUGGUCGACCAGAUGAAGAGGUUGCUGAUGAAUAUUGGCAUAAUCAUUUGGCUCGCAAUGAUUCUGUCAUCGUUGAUGUAUGCCAAGGUCAGUAUAAAUCAACAUUAGUUUGUCCUAUUUGUAGGAAGGUCUCUGUGACAUUUGAUCCGUUCAUGUACUUGUCAUUACCUCUACCUUCAACAACAAUGCGGACAAUGACUAUAACUGUUGUUAGUGACAGUGGUGAUAAAAUGUCUUCAUUAUCACCAUAUACUAUUUCUGUUCCAAAAAAUGGAAGAUUUGAAGACCUAACCCGGGCUCUUAGCAUUGCAUGCUCUUUGGGGAUUGAUGAGACCUUAUUAGUAGCGGAGGUAUACAACAAUUGCAUUAUACGAUUUCUUGAAGAUCCUACCGAUUCAUUAUCCUUAAUAAGAGAUGCUGACAAAUUAGUUGCUUACCGAUUUUAUAAAAAUAAUGCCGACACGCCUUUGGUUGUCUUCAUAAACCAGCAGAUGGAGGAGCAGUUUGUCUAUGGGAAGCGAACUCUAAAUUGCAAGGCCUUUGGAAUUCCUGUUGUAGCUAGGCUGUGUAAUGUUACAAAUGGAUCUGAUCUCCGCAAUUUGUAUCUAAAAUGGUUCCAUCCAUUUCAAAAUCCAAUUGAAGAGGCCUUAGAAAACUGUGCCAUGUCUAAGGAAACUGAAGUUGCAGAAAUGGAGGUCACAACCACUAGUUUAGGUUCAAAUUUGAAUGAGUUAGACACUUUUUCAGAUGGAGGAAUGGAGUUUUACCAUACAGAUGAAAAGGGAGCUAUAAAGAAUUCCAAGAUACUAAUGAAUGAGCCUCUAGCAAUAAGUGGAGAGUUGAGGCUACUGCACGUGCUUGUGUGUUGGUCAGAAGAACAUAUUAAGAAAUAUGAUACACAAUUUUGUAGUUCCUUGCCUGAGGUUUUCAAGUCUGGUUUUUUAGCAAAGAGAUCUCAGGAGUCAGUUUCUCUAUACAAGUGUCUUGAAGCAUUCUUACAAGAAGAACCUCUUGGACCAGAAGACAUGUGGUACUGUCCUGGCUGUAAAAAACAUCGUCAAGCUAGUAAGAAGUUAGAUCUUUGGAGACUGCCUGAAAUUUUGGUCAUUCAUCUUAAGAGGUUUCAAUACAGUCGGUACUUGAAAAACAAGCUAGAGACAUGUGUUGACUUUCCUGUUGAUAAUCUUGACUUGACAGCUUAUAUUAGCCACGUGAAUGGUGAGUCUUACCAUUACACACUUUAUGCUGUUAGUAACCAUUAUGGAAGCAUGGGAGGUGGGCACUAUACUGCAUUUGUCCAUAGAGGUGGUGAUCAGUGGUAUGACUUUGAUGAUAGCCAUGUUAAUCCCAUCAGCAAGGAGAAGAUAAAGUCUUCAGCUGCCUAUGUUCUUUUCUACCGAAGAAGUUUUGAAGUAUCAACAUAAUGAGCGUAGCAUAUAGCUUGAAUAGCUUAUUGAAGCUAGAUACAAUUUAUUAACAUUAUUGCCGCCAGAGUCUUACACGAAUACAGCGGGUAAAUUUUGGCUCAAAGGUAAGAUUAUUGCAAUGUGGCUGUGGUCCGAGGAUUUAGGUGCGGAAAUAGUCUCUGCGCAUCAAAUUAAGAUUAUGUACAUCCGAGCCUCUUCACACCCCACAAUUGGGGUGCGUAAGUAAUGGACCGCUCCUUUUCUUUAGUCUUACAAGUAUACUUAACAAGGUAGCAUUCUUUUGUUAUUUACUAUUUAGAAGUUUUAGACUAACUGGAGUUUCAGUAGGCAAGCAAUGGAAACUUUAAAACUUCAGGCAGUACUAAGGAAGGAAGACUAUAACAUAGUAACAUUUAAGAGGAGAGGGACAUACCUGAGAGAUGAAAGCAUAGUGUUUACAGCUGUUUAACCUUGUAAAGAGAAUAUCUAUUCUAAAGAGAGUUAGACCAAAUUCUGUGAAUUAAUAUUACGCCUUACUAUAUUCUUUGUUCCUA